AUGGAUAAUUAUGAUCAAUUUUCUGCGUUGAUAUCCCAUACAUCCGCCACUCAAAUUGAUGAAGUGCUAGGGUCGAUAGAAGCGCCCCUUCACAUGAGUGAGCAACUCAAAACUGUUGUAUGUAUGUAUGUCGGAAGGAAAAUUCCAUUAAACAUCUUCAAACUGUUAGUGAAGGAAAUGCUAUCGAUCAGGCGAACAGCAUGCCUGACCGCGUCUUAUAGACAGGCCGAGUUCUUACUGCUUGUGGGAUCGGAAGUCACUGAGGACAUGACUUGGCAGACUCACAACUGGUUGACUGCAUCAGCAACAGAAAGGAACCUGGGAGCUUUAUACAGAGUUAAGAAUGAAUUUCCAUCCCCUAAUUUGGUUACAGACCACGCUAGAAGUGCCUUGAGGGUCAAAAAAAUCAAUGACGAAGAAAGGGGACUCAACAAGGUUAAAGAAUUGCUGAGAAAACUUAAGCACUGCAAAACGUCGAAUAUAGCUCCCAUAGUGAAAAAACUGAUAUAUGAUGCCAAUUUUGAAAGUGUACGUUCGGCUUUGUAUAAAUCAUGUUUGGCUAGUAAGAAGACGAAAGGCGAGAUAACCGAGAUAUUUACUAUGGAAACUGACCCAGGGGGGUCAGGAAAUGGCGCUUCCACCAUGGCAAUGGAGAUGGAGUCGAAGGAGCAGACCAUAGAGGAGUUGAGAGCCGAAUUGGAGAUGCUUCGACAGGAGCUGUCAAAAACGGACGAUGAUAAGAAGACCAUUGAAAGAUUGAUGAUGAUCAUCGAAGCCCAGCAGCGGACAAUUACCGACCUAACAGUUAAAUUAGACCUCCUACUGAAAACCCAGGUACCUUCCCAUCUAAAUAUUACAUAUUCUUCCCAAACACUUCCCAAAAAUCCCAGUAAAGACAAAGCUGUCAAUCUUAAGAGACCGUUAAAUAAUUCAAGCGAUCUUUCCACAGACGACGAUACACUCCCUGAUGGUUUUACCAAGGUUAAGCCCCGUAAAACACGACGAAACAAGACCGACAUGACAGGCUUUCCUCCUCUCCCUCCACCAAAAUCGCAGUCUAAAACGUCUCAUUCAACUGCAAGCAACUCGAAUAAACAGCCUGUGCCUAAUAUAUCGGUUACUUCCACGCCUUCGACAUCUCAGGUACCAGAAGACACGACUUCACAGCCCCACGCAAGGGAGGAAGAGGUGCCCCAUCACACUUUCCCUCUACCCUCGGAGAGGAACAUUCAUGCUGUAAUCAGAGGAGUACAUGCGACACUUUCGGAAAUUGAGAUCAAGGAAGAGUUGCAACAGAGGGGAUAUUCCCCCCUGCACAUAAUUCGCCUGAAACGCGGUGGCGGCGUGCCCAUGCCUUUGAUGGUAGUCAUACUGCCCAAGAUAGAAAAAUCUCAGCAGCUGUUCAACGAACACGAGCUGCUAGGUUUGGCUAUCCGAGUCGAAGUUCAAAAGAACUCAAGACUCAUCGGGCAGUGUCACCGCUACCCAAAAUAUGGGCAUGCGCAAUCUUACUGCACUGCACCACCUAAAUGUCUAAAAUGUGCUUCUGACCACAUGACCCACUUAUGCCCUCAAACAGAACAAGAGGAACGAAAGUGCGCGAACUGUGGAGGGGGGCAUCCAGCGAAUAGCCGAACUUGCAGAUUUGCAAGUGAUAGCGCAAAGGCGCAAUGUAAGUUACGCGGAUGCAGCUCCCCCCUCUGUGGGAUCUUCUGCGAACACGCAAAAUGUGGACCUGGCAACCGCGCUAAGGUCCUUACAGCAGAUCAUAGGUCCUCUGAUUAG